CAUUCUCUCUUGACAGCUCCGUCUUUCACCAACACACUCAUUGCGCUCGUUUUGAAGGUCCUGCGCUAGACCCUCCCCAAGAGACAUGCUCAAUCUCUCAAAUAUAUAUAUUCUCCUAAAAUCACCGCUGGUUUUAUUAAACAAGUUUUCCGAGAUCUAAACGACGCGCCCGCGUUUCUAAUUUUUACCCGAACGGACAAACUCUUCUGUUCGGAUUGUGGUUUGUGGAGAUGGAGAUGCGUGCUGUUUUGGUUUAUGCCUUUUUAGCGGUUUUCAUCGGUCCAUGUCGGGGGACUUUAAUGAACUGCGAUGAAGUGCGUAAAGUUUUUCAACUCAAGCAAAUCGGACCUGUAAAAUCACUGCCUGAAACACCGAGAACAGGUUCAGACCUCCAGGUUUGUUUAUCAAAAAAUGUAACGUGCUGCACUAAGAAGAUGGAGGAGCGUUACCAGGUGGCGGCACGACGGGACAUCCAGAACCUUCUCCAGACGUCCAGCUCAAGUCUGAAGUUCCUCAUCUCACGCAAUGUGGCUGCUUUUCAAGAAACCGUGGACUCCCUGGUGCGCCAGGCGGAGAACCACACUCACACCGUCCUCCUCCACACGUACCGGGACCUGGCCAGUCCCGCGGCGGCUCCCGUGGGGGAGUUUUUCACAGAUGUGGGGCUGUUCGUGUUGGGCUCCGAGCUCAGCCUGGAAGAAGCUUCACAACGCCUUUUCGACGCCCUGUUCCCUCUAGUUUACGAGCGACUGGUCGAGCCGGGUCUGUCCCGCUUGACUCCGGCGUACGCCGAGUGUGUCCGCGCUGCGUGUCGGGAUCUGGUGCCGUACGGUGCUGCCCCGGGCCGUCUCGCCACACACAUCUCCCGCGCCUCUCUGCCGGGACGGGUGUUUCUGCAGGCGCUUCACCUGGGCAUCGAGGUCAUCAACACCACCGACCAUAUACAGCUCAGCCGUGAAUGCAGACGUGGCCUUCUGAGGAUGAGCUACUGUCCACACUGCCAGGGUCUGACCGCCAGCAAGCCCUGCAUGGGCUACUGCCUCAACGUGGUGCGAGGGUGUCUCGCCAGCCUGGCUGAAGUGGACGCCCACUGGAGGGAGUUUGUGCGGUCGCUAGAGACCCUCUCCACCCGCAUGCACGGAGCACAAGACCUGGAGCAAGUGCUUCUGGGAGUCCACGGGCUGGUGAGGGACGCAGUGGCCCACGCACAGAGGAACGGACCCCGGCUUUCUGCUCAGGUGCACAAGGUGUGUGGUCACCCCAGCAGACAGCAGGAGCAGGUGAGCCGCGUUCAGCACAACAGAGACUCCAUUCCUCUGAAAGCAGCGGGCAGAAACUUACAGGACACACUCAGCAACUGGAGGAAAGACUUCCUCAGCAGUCUGCGUCUGUACCGCACGUUCUACGGUGGCCUGGCGGACCUGCUGUGUGUGAGCGAUCUGGGCUCUGGAGACGGGCUGGCCUGCUGGAACGGAGCUGAAGUUGACAAAGGCUACACUCUGCGAGUGGUUGGCAACGGGAUUAAAGCCCAGGCAGAAAACCCAGAAGUCAAGGUGAAGGAGGCCGACCCGGUGAUCAAUCAGGUCAUUGAUAAACUGAAGCACAUCAAUCAGCUGUUGCAGGGCAAGUCAAUCCCAAAGCUGGGCACCCUGGACCAAAUCGAGACAGGAAGUGGAGACGGAUACAGUGGAGACUGUGAUGACGAGGACGGAUGCUGGGGAUCGGGGAACGGAGCGGCAGAGAGGAGAAGAAUAGUCACUAUAUUGACACCGGAAAAUACCAACAAUCACCGAUACCAUCACCCUCAAACCAAAGACUUUGAUCAGAUGAAUUCUGGCAGUGGAGUGACACAAACCGCCCCGCUGGCUCUGGUCUCGAUAUGCGUGUUUGGGCUGUUGUCAGGAUAAUAUCAGCCAACUGGGUCCGAACCCCAGUUCCAGUCUUUUCAUGCUGUUUUCUGGAAAGAAAAUGUGCCAGCUUUUAAAACAUUGAGGUUGAAAUUCCAGCAAAGAGAUGUCCUCUAAUGGAAAUGGAUCGGUAUGGACAAAACUGGCACUGAUGCAUUGAGGACUGAUGAUGGUGAAAAUAAAAUGAACUGACGGGGGAAAAUAAGAAACAAAACUGUCCAUUCAUAAACCUUUUUAAUCCCAAAGUGUUUCUAUCAUGAACGUAACAGGCUACUAAAAAUUGUGCGAACACUUUACUGCCUUGAAUAAUGUCUUUUCUACAGGGUUCAGAGUAACACUUUCAGAGAGAAAUGAAUUUAUUUAAUUCUUUAAUGAUGUAUGAUCUAUUCAAAGCAUAGUUCUGAGCUGAAAUGAGCACCGCGCAUAUCAGCGUUUUUAAUAGAAAUGAUGCAAUAUUUCUGAUGUCACGUACUGCUUUUUGAAUAUGUCUUGGUACCAUGUACCUAAAUGACCUCCUUUUUCAGCAUUUUUAAAUGUACUGUUGUUGUUUCUUUUCAUCUGAAAUGGCGUAUGACGCACCUUAACAAAAUGUAUAAAGAUGUGUUGAUUUACUAUGUAUUUAUUCUUGGUUACAGAGUGACAUUAAACCUAUAAUGAAACUAAA